GAUUUCUGGGAAAUGUAGUCCCCGCAACUGCGACAUCACAGACUGCCUUCCAGGAAACCCCACACUCUAGGUCUCUACUUGUACGCGUGCCCCAAAGUUGUGCGAGAGUCCCGCCUGCUGUGUAUUCCCGUUGCGUCUCUGACAUGGAGGAAAUGCUGUCCUUCUCUGAUGUGGCCAUCGAGUUCUCUCGAGAAGAGAGGGAACGUCUGGAGCCUGCUCAGUGGAAUCUGUACAGGGAUGUGAUGUUGGAGAAUUACAGCCACCUGGAUUUCCUGGGUCUUGCUGUCUCUAAACCACACCUGGUGACAUUUCUGGAGCAAAGACCAGAGCCUUCAGAUGGAGAGAGACAAGCAGCAGCCAGCGUGCACCCAGGAACAAGAUUCAGUGAGUAUCACGUUUACAACAAGGCCAUUGACUGUAACUCACAACACACUCAACACCAGAGAAUUCAUAGAAGGGAGAAACGCUACAAGUGUGAAGAAUGUGGUAAGGCCCUUAGUUCUUAUAAAACACUUUCUAUACACAAGAGACUUCACACUGGAGAAAAACCCUUCACCUGUAAAGAAUGUCACAAGGCCUUUUGUACUCGCUCAUCACUUUUUAUACAUAAGAAAGAUCAUACUGAUGAAAAAACCUACAAGUGUGGAGACUGUGGCAGAUUAUUUUACUAUCUUUCAAUGCUGAAGCAACAUCAGAGAAUUCAUUCUCGGGAGAAACCCUACAAGUGUAAAGAAUGUGGCAGGGCUUUUUAUGACCCUUCCUUACUGAAGAAGCAUCAAAGCACUCCUUGUGGAGGGAAACCAUACCAGUGUGAAGAGUGUCAGCAGACGUUUCUUUAUCACUCAUCCCUUAAGAACCACAAGGCAGUUCACACUGGAGAGAAACUCCGCAGGCAGAAAGUGCGAGGGAAAGGAUUUACUAGGCCUGCCUUCCUCUUUGAGGACAAGGCAGGUCAUACUGCAGAGAAAACGUACACAUGUGCAGAGUGUGGCAAGUAUUUUUACUCUGGUUCAUCCCUUAAAAAACAUCAAAUCAUCCAUUCUGAAGAUAGUCGUCCCUACUCAUGUGCAGAGUGUGGCAAAAGGUUCUCCUCCUUUGCACACCUUCAUCAACACAAGACAGUCCACACUGGAGAGAAGCCACACAAGUGUGAGGAGUGUGGCAAAUAUUUUACCAAACGUUCAUCCCUUAGGCGACAUCAACAUAUUCACUGUGAAGACAAUCCAUACAAGUGUGAAGUGUGUGGCAAAAGGUUUUCCUACUUUUCACGCCUUCAUCAACAUCAGAGAGUCCACACUGGAGAGAAGCCAUAUAAGUGUGAGGAGUGUGGCAAAUGUUUUUCCACAUGUUCAACCCUUAGGCGACAUCAAACAAUCCAUUCUGAAGACAAUCCCUACAAGUGUGCAGAGUGUGGCAAACGGUAUUACUGUUCUAGGGAUUUUCAGGAACAUCAAUCAAUUCAUACCGGAAAGAAACCCUACAAGUGUGAGGAAUGUCACAAAGCCUUUCGUUAUCAUGCCUCCAUUAGGAAACACAAGAGACUUCAUUCUGGAGAGAACUCUAGAAGUGAAGACUGUGACAGAAGGUUUUCCUCAUCUUCAACACUUAGACGACAUAAAACAAAAACUAAAAUUCAUUCUGAAGACAAUUGUAAAAGUGUGGGGAAUGUAGCAAAGACUGCGAAUCUUUAUAGCCUUACUCAACAUGAUAUAGUUCAUACAGAAGAGAAAUCCUACAAAUGCCUUAAAAGUUUACUUCAUCAACCCUUAAAACACAUCAAAUGAUUCACAAUCACUCCAUGAUUAUGUAACGUGUAGUAAAAAUCUUUCCUAACAAUUCAGAUCUUAUCCAACUCUAAUGAAUCCAUGGUGGAGAAUAUUAAGUUAAUCAUUUUGGAUGUCAACAUGAACAUCUAACAUAGAACAACUCAAAUGCUAAGAAUGUCAUCAGAGAACAGCAGAGAGUUCUCUUUGCUCACAACAGUUUGUUCAAGCAGUGUGUUUGAAACUUGCCUUAAUGAAUCUUCAUCUUCUGUAACCAUAAAUGCUCCAUGAAACCUUUCCCGUGUCCUAGCUUUGUCUAUUUGUCACCCUGAAUCUGAGAUCUGGGCUGUGGCAUAGUUACUGUUGUUUUUCCCAGUGGAGUCAUCCAAGCUCCUGUAACAUCCCCUUGGUGUAUAAGAAGCUCUGCCUCUCUGAGCUAGCAGGUGUUCACCCAGUGUCUGGCUCUGGAAUCCUUACUGUUAAAUAAAGGACAGAGACAGAGCUAAGACAGCAUGAAGGCUCUUCCAGUCUAAAACCUCAGCCGCAAGGCAGCAGCAGUGGCUGCAGAGGUGCAGUCGUCAGCUGAGGCAGCUUUAGUAUCAGGUGCAGCUGCUGCUGUGCCUCAGACAAAAGCAGCAGUGCCCACAGAGCAAUGAUGCAGGAAAGGUGUGGAGCAACCAAUCGUUUUCUGACUGGAUUCAAAGCUCAUUCCAUAAACGGUAACUGGUGUGAUGUUAAUUUGUGAUAAACUUGUGCAUACAAUAAACACAACCCAACUUCAAAGACAGACAUUACCUCACAGUAAUGGAUUAGGAAAAUACUUUCCAAUCAAAUGGGCCUAAGAAACAAGAUGGUGUAGCUAUCCUAAUAGCUAACAAAAUGGGCUUCAAACUGAAAUUAUUCAAAAGAGGUUGAGGACAUUUCAUAUUCAUCACAAAAAAAAAUCCAUCAAGAUGAAGUCUCAGUUCGGAACAUCUAUACCCCAAAUACAAGGGCACCCACAUUUAUAAAAUAAAUGUUACUAAAGUGUGUUCCUAUUCUAAUUCCUCAUUCAUACUUCUGUCUGCAAUCUCAGUAAUAAACUCAUUGAUUCCUGAACAUAGGUGUGGUGAUAUGUGAUAUCUUGUUUAUACUCUAGCAAAUGAAGCUUGCCUGAAGAUCAGGGUGUGGAGGCAUCCACUAGCUAACCAGAGAGGUCUGGAAGUCUGGACAGACAGACAGAAACUGAGAUGACUGUGCAGGGAGAAGUAAA